UCAAAUCGUACAAGUCACAAUUUUCUCGCGCUCUAGCACAAAAAAUAUAUACAAAUACAUUUAAAAUAUACCUCUGACCUAUCGAUAUGUGGGCAGCCAAACUGUUUGUGGUCACACUGCUGCUGCUGCAUCUGGCAACGCUGGCGCUCAGCUGUUCCUGCGGCAAAGAGGCGAAUUUGGAGUGCGGAUGCACUAAACGUCACUAGAAGUCGAAAAUACUUGGGCAAUACCACACAUUUCAUUGUAAAUAAAUAGAAAAUCACAACUCAGUUAAGAUGGCGGACAUGACCGCAACCAGCGAAGGUAGUUCAAACAGCAGCGAGGCAGUAGUGGAGCAUCAGCAGCCAACUCCGGAGUUUUUACAGCGCAAAAUAUACUUUUUGGUGGACCAAUUGCGCACUUACCAUUCGGAACUUCCCGAAAACCUGCAGACACGCAUUUCCUAUGAUCUACUCACCGAACUCGCCAACUGUGUUCUAAACGAGGGCAUUUUUGUGAUAGUCAAAGCACUAAUGGAGUUGCAGCACGAAACGGAAAGACACUUGAUUAAAAUGCGAAUGCAGGUGGAGAACGAGUACGAAAUCGAGGUGGCCGAGUGGAGGAGCAAGAUCAAGGAUCCCGAGGAGCUGCACCACAUUUUGGGGCUCAUGAAGAUCAAGCACACCAAGAAACUAAUCGAGUCGGACAAGAAGAUUAUCGAAAUACUAGACCAAAAGGUUAACGACCAACAAUCCACUUUGCAAAAGGCCGGCGUUCCCGGCUUCUACGUCACCGAGAACCCCAAGGAGAUAAAAAUACAAAUGUUCCUGCUGGACUUCGUUUUGCGCUUGAGCCGGCUGAAAUACGAGCCCAGCAAAUAACAGUUGGUCCACAAUCCGGAGAACACAAGACUGCACUUGACUUGUUCAAAUUAGAAUAUUAAAGGCAAUUAAAUUAUAACCCUGAUCAAAU